AUGACAUGGCUAAGUGCUGCUGGAACGUAUCAGCAAACAUGCAUAGAUAGUAUUCAAGGAAAUGGUGUAGACUACCUUAAAAAGUCCACUGAGUUAACGAGCAACGACCUUGCGAUCACAAAGGGGUUUUCAUGUGUCACAAAUUCUUUCAACACAAGAAGAAGAUUGAUGAGCAUGGCAUCUAGAAAUGAUGAAAUGCCAGAAUGGUUGUCUGCCAAAGACAGGAAGCGCCUACAGAAGACAAACUUACCGGCUGGAAUCAAGGCCGAUUGA